ACUACUAGAAUGUGUAUACCUCGUUAGUGGAUUCGACGUACCUAUAAGUAUAUUAUAAGCGAUGACAAGCGUCAAGCGGCGUCUCUGAAUUUGCAGCAAAAGUAACGAAAAUGUGUUAGACCUGUGCUGUGACUAUCAUGUUCUAUCACACUUAAUUAAAUGGCAGGGUAUAUUGUCAAUAAGUUUUUGAUAUUAAUUUGUUUGAAAAGCCAGACUAGUAUGUAAUAGAGCAUUGUUAUGGCACAGUCGUCGUCUGUUAGUGGCACUUCGUCUCGGAGACAUCUCAGGGACCAUGGUGUCAGUUCACCAGGUUCACCCCGUUAUGCAGAUGCCGAUUGGGAAAGCAGGGAGGCGAUGCUUCACAGAGAACUGGAAGAAGUCAAAGCUCGAGCAGCUCAGAUGGAGAAAACUAUGAGAUGGUGGUCAGAUUGUACAGCUAAUUGGAGAGAAAAGUGGUGUGAGGUUCGGGAUGAAAGGAACAAAAUUAAAAAAGAGGCCAAAUCGUUGAAAAGUAAACUGGAAAGUGCCUCACAGGAUUUAAAUGCAUACAAACAAGAGUCUAAGGAAUUGCAAAUACAGAACGAUCAGCUUAAAAAGAAAAUGGAAAAAAUUCACAUAGUUUUGUUAAAGCAUGCAGGACAGUCUGACCAGCAGUUGCUUGCUGUUUUCGAUUCUGAUCCACAGUUAAAAAAAGCAUUAGAUGUGGAAGAUCUGCUUGAAGUUUACAAUAGCAUAGAAAAAACUGGAAAACUCACACCUACUCUGUCAAAACAAGAAUCCGAUUGUUGCAAAAGUUCUCCCAAAAGUAAUUCAGAUAAGGAAUUGGAAGAUUAUGUUUCACAGGGCGCAGUACCAAAGCAUGCUGUUGAAUCUCACUCUUCACCGACCAUUCAAGAAAAAAGACAAUCUAGAAUAGAUAAUACUAAUGAAGAGGCUCUUAUGCAAAAAAUGUCGAUGCUCAAUUUAAGACUGGAAGAGGCUACUAAGACAUUGAGUGUUGAAAGGGAAGAAAAAUCUUCGCUGUACCAAGGCAUGGAAAAAUUAAGGAACGAAAUAAUUUUGUUAAAAGAAAAGUGUGAAGAAUUACAAGACAGUAGAACUGAGGCUUUAAAAGAAUUAUUGGAAUUGAAAGGUCGUUUUCAAGGAGAAUUAAGUGCUGCACAAGCUGAUCUCAUUGAUGAAACUACAACUCGCGAGGGUAUGGACCGGCGGUUAUCCGAACUUCGAAAUGAGUUGGAGAAAUUACAAGCUGAAAAUGCAGCUGAGUGGGGAAAACGUGAACGUCUCGAGACAGAAAAGAUUUCCCUGGAGCGAGAAAAUAAACGUUUACGCAACGAAUUACAUGACGCGCAAGAUCGCAUUGACUCGCGCAAAAGUCGGCCAGUAUCUACUUGUGAUACAAUCGAUUCUACAAAACAACUCCAGCAAGAGUUACUUGAGCGUAAUAAGGAGUUGAGUGAUUUAAAACACUCGCAUGCCAAGCUGAAGAAGAUGUUGGCAGAGAAAACGACGGAAUUGUCCCAUGCGACUCGGCGCUCCGAGCAAUACGAGGCUGAAGUGAAGAGGAUACGUACAAGGGUCGAAGAAUUAAAAAAGGAACUCGCACUUUCACAAGAUGAGGUUGAUGCGGCUAAUAACAGUAUCAGGAGGCUACAGAGAGCCAAUGAAGAUCUCACAGAACAACUAGAAUCUACGAAUGCUCAGUUAGAGCAUUUUAGAAAUAGUAUACCGGAAAGUCGAGCACCAGAUGUUGUUAUGGAUGUUUCAAUGGAUGAUAAAAUGAGUAAUGACGAUGAAGACAAUGGUAAGAAUUGUUGAAUGAUAUUCUUCUAAAAGAGUUUAAAUCGUUUAGUUUAAGAACUCUUUUUUUAUAAACAACAUCAGUAACGUAUUUUUUCAAAAAUCAUGAAAAAUAAUAUGCCCAGUACCUGCACGUAUUAUAGGACAAAUUAUAUAUUUGAACUUAUGCAGUAUUGAAAGAUCAAAAAAGUAUACAGGAGGUUACGAACUGUAUUAAAAAAAAUUAAUUUUUACUAGCGACAAACGUACGUAUUUUUAAUGUACGUUAUUUUAGUAACGAGUCACCAUUUUUGAUUUUUGAGUCUGUACAAUGCUGCGAUAUUUAUUUGUAUAACUCUAAC